AUGUACGGUUUCCGGCGUCCACAGAGCCCCAGUGAUUCGCAGACAGAAUGGAAGGACAACAUGGCAGGACAGAGCAGAGGGGGUCUGCCACCGCCCAUUGGAAUCCGGCAAAACGUCGGCAUGUGGAACAGGAUCCCAGGGCAGGUGCAGAACCAGUUGCGGUGCAAGGAGUUCUGCGUCCAGAUCCGACGCUGGCCCCCGAGUCCCCCCACGCCAAUGACGCAGAGCUUUUCUCUCCCCCAGGGGCGGCAGAUUCCCAGCACGCAUAUGAUCGUGGUCAUCCUGGAACCAGGAACAGACCUCCAUCUGCGCCUGGGAGAUGAGGUUCUGGUCCUGGCCCCGCAGACGGCCCUGCAGCUGUCACUCAGCAAAGUGACGGUCGUGGUCGUCCCGGAGCACGUCCUGAGGUUGUCCGAGGAUCUGCGCUUUCCUGCCCACGCCCGGUUGCUUCUGCCGCGGGGGGCCGAUACCACGUGGGGGAUCAAUAUUGAAGACGGAUCGCUUUCCGCCCAGCACGCGCAUGUCCCACGUGCAGAAGAGGAAGGGGAGGCUGCACCUGGCCUCCAGCCUGCCAUGGGACCCUCCGCCUACCGAGUCCCGGCUUUCAGCCCUCCUCCGCUGAGCACCCUCCUGCUCAGACCUCUCUACAGGGCCGCCGCCCGACGGGGCUGCAGCGGGCUGCCCAGGCCCAGGCCGGGGAGGCGCCCCCUGCCGGCCGAAUUCAGCCUGGAUCUCCAUGGUCUGCGGCCCUGCCCGGGCUCUGCGCUCAGACCUCUGCCUCCGUCCCCGAGUCCCGGGCCCAGGACCUGCCGCGCGGUCCGUCGCAGGCCGCCCAGCAAGGCCCGGAGACGACUCUUCUAA